GCGUUCAAUAGACGUGUUUCGUUUUUUAAUUAAAUUAUUUUUUUAUUUUUUUUUUAUAAGUUGAACUUUAGGGAAUGUCCCUAUUUUAGUGAAAAAAAAAGUGAUCUCACAGAAAUAUUUUAUCACAAAACAAAUAUUUACCUUGUCAAAUAUACGUACCAGUUUUAAUAAAUAUCAUAAAAUACUUUGAAAACACUUCAGUUUGUGAAACGAUGAAGUUGAUGAAAGUGAAAAAGUUGAAGUUAAGCCCCGUGUGGCGAGAAAAUCUCCUGACAAUACUUACAGUUUCGGGAGUCAUCCUGGGCAUCGUUUUGGGAUUAAUUGUUCGUUUCACGACAGAUAAAUGGACCGAACGGGAGAUUUCCUACAUUUACUUCAUCGGAGAUAUUUUCCUUCGUAUGCUGAAGGCAUUAAUUUUGCCUUUGAUCGUUUCUUCGUUGAUAUCAGCUGUGGGAAAUUUGGAUUUGUCUCUUUCCGGAAAGAUUGGAAGUCGAGCUGUCGGUUAUUAUUUGUUGACAACAGUUAUGGCAGUUGUUUUGGGCAUCAUUUUGGUAACCACAAUCCAACCGGGUAACAGAAUUGGCGAAACUGACAUCGAAACAGCGAACAGUAAAGGAAGAAAUAUCACAAUUACUGACACGUUACUUGAUCUUGUGAGAAACAUGUUUCCUCCAAAUGUCGUUCAAGCCUGCAUCCAACAAUACCAAACGUUACUCAAACCACCUUCAGAGAAUCCCGCCGAAUCUGAUUUAGCAAAAUGGGACAUCAAACACGAAUACAUUGACCAAAUGAACAUUUUAGGUCUUGUCAUUUGCGCCAUCGUUUUCGGUAUCGCCCUCAGCAGCACAAAGAACGAAACGAAGAGCGUCUUGAACUUUGUCGUCGAAUUCAGUCAUGUCAUCAUGAAGAUCACAGGUUGGGUUAUUUGGUUAUCGCCAAUCGGUAUCAUCUUCCUCAUAAUGAGCAAAAUGUUGGAAAUGGAGGAUUUGGGAACACUUUUUGGUAGUUUGGGUCUUUACACGAUAACCGUUGCUGGAGGCAUUUUAUUUCAUGGAUUUGUCGUUUUACCCUUGAUUUUCUUCGUGUUGACACGUGAAAACCCCUAUGUAUUUAUCUCGAAGAUGGGAAAAGCUCUUGCCACGGCUUUUGGAACGUCAAGUAGCUCAGCUACGUUGCCCGUGACGAUGCAAUGUUUGGAGGAAAAUGCUAAAGUUGAUCCUCGAGUAUCGAGAUUUGUUAUUCCGAUUGGGGCGACAAUUAAUAUGGAUGGCACGGCAUUGUAUGAGGCAGUUGCUGCGAUCUUUAUUGCUCAGUUGAGAGGAAGAGCAUUGUCUUUUGGAAACAUUAUUGCUAUCAGUAUUACUGCGACAGCUGCAAGUAUUGGAGCUGCUGGCAUCCCACAAGCAGGUCUUGUGACAUUAGUAAUGGUUCUCGAUACAAUUGGUCUUCCAGCUGCUGAUGUUUCUCUCAUCGUUGCUGUUGAUUGGUUACUUGAUCGAUUCCGUACUUUGGUAAAUGUCCUUGGAGAUUCGUAUGGCGCAAAGAUCAUUGAACAUUACAGCAAAUCAGAGUUGAAAAGACACUCGAUGGAACAACUGCCAACUGCAAAUGGAAAUACUGAUACGAAAGUUGCUGUUCCCGAGGUUCAGAUGCACAUUGAUGACACAAGGAUGUAAUUUAGACGCUCUCAGAAAAAAAUUCGUGAUGCAAAUUUUUUUUUUACGUAUUGUAUUAAUGAUCUUAAGGAACAUACUUUGUACUUUGUAAGAAUUCGAAAUUAAAAGUAUUUUUUAGACAUUCA